AUGCCAACAAUCCGCCGAAUAUCCUCGACCAGCUCAUUAUCCGCCACUGCGCUCCCCAUUACAGCAACCGGACCACCUCCCAGCGCUCCCAUUCCAACAUCACCACAAUAUGGCGACCGGAUUGAAGAACGGAGAAGGAAAGCUGAGUUGCUCAAACAAGGCAAAGAGCUCCGCGCAGCCAAUCAACCAGGAGGGAAGACAAGCCCAUUGAAAAAAAGGUUCUGGAAAGAAGUCCACGUCAAAGAAGUCCCUGAGGGGUAUCAAGUCUACUUGGACAAAAGACCCGUGCGGACUCCGUCGAAAUCUAUCCUCACGGUCCCGCACUCCAAGCCGCACCUAGCACAUGCUAUCGCGAUUGAAUGGGACAUGCUCGAAUCUGCGCAGCAAGCAUUGAAGAACCAUAACAUCCCCAUGACUUCAAUAGUGGCGCGGGCGCAGGACAUCAGCGAAGCAGAAGCGCGGGGGGAUAGCAAGAUUCGAAAUGAAAUCAUUGCGACCAUGAUGAGAUAUCUGGACACAGAUACGUUACUAUGCUGGGCACCAGAAUACACACCAGCCUCUGCAUUAGAAAUGCAAACCGAGCGGACAGAGUCACUGCGCGAGAUUCAGAUUAGGAUAGCCAAACCAAUAAUCAGCUAUCUCAGCACAUUUGUGUGGCCUGGUGUGGAAAUCAAGCCUGUGCUCGACGAAAACAACAUUAUGCCCACGCAGCAGGAUGAAACCACGAGAAGCGUUAUACGAGGGUGGAUCACUGGGCUGCCGGUGUAUGAACUCGCGGCCCUUGAGCGGGCAGUGUUGGCAGGAAAGAGUCUUCUCGUCGGUACGAGACUGUUGAUUGAGUGGAGCGAGGAAUUUCGGGACAUGCAAUCCAGCGGCAAUGAGACGCGUUUUGGCAUUGAGGAGGCCGCCGAGGCCGCAAGUCUCGAAGUACGAUGGCAGACGAGCAUGUGGGGGGAGGUAGAAGAUACCCAUGACGUGGACAACGAGGAUAUCCGACGGCAGCUAGGGAGUGCCAUUCUACUUGUAAGUGGGAGUCGAUAG